AUGUUUUCUCCUGAUCAAGAAAAUCAUCCAUCUAAAACACCAGUAAAAUAUGGUGAACUGAUUGUAUUAGGGUAUAAUGGCUCUCUGCCAAAUGGAGAUCGAGGAAGAAGGAAAAGUAGGUUUGCUUUAUUUAAAAGACCCAAGGCAAAUGGGGUGAAACCCAGCACUGUGCAUAUUGCCUGCACUCCUCAAGCAGCAAAGGCAAUAAGCAACAAGGACCAACAUAGCAUAUCGUAUACCUUGUCUCGGGCCCAGACGGUGGUGGUUGAAUAUACACAUGACAGCAACACUGAUAUGUUUCAGAUUGGCCGGUCAACAGAAAGCCCUAUCGACUUCGUAGUGACAGAUACGGUUCCUGGAAGUCAGAGUAACUCAGAUACACAGUCGGUACAGAGCACUAUAUCAAGGUUUGCUUGCAGAAUCAUCUGUGAACGGAACCCUCCUUUUACAGCAAGAAUAUACGCUGCGGGAUUUGACUCGUCAAAAAACAUCUUUCUUGGGGAAAAAGCUGCCAAGUGGAAGACAUCCGAUGGACAGAUGGAUGGGUUAACCACAAAUGGAGUUCUUGUUAUGCAUCCGCGCAAUGGAUUUACUGAAGACUCCAAACCAGGGGUGUGGAGGGAGAUAUCUGUGUGUGGGAAUGUGUUCAGCCUCCGUGAAACCAGAUCAGCUCAGCAGAGGGGAAAAAUGGUUGAGAAUGAAACCAACCAACUCCAAGAUGGCUCAUUAAUCGAUUUGUGUGGAGCAACGAUGCUGUGGCGUACUGCCGAAGGCCUUUCACGCACUCCUACGGUGAAGCACUUGGAAGCUCUAAGACAGGAGAUAAAUGCCGCCAGGCCUCAGUGCCCUGUAGGGUUUAACACAUUAGCAUUUCCUAGUAUGAAGAGGAAAGAUGUUGUCGAUGAAAAGCAACCAUGGGUGUAUCUGAACUGUGGCCACGUACAUGGCUAUCACAACUGGGGAAACAAAGAGGAAAGAGACGGGAAGGAUCGAGAAUGUCCCAUGUGCCGCUCUGUUGGCCCCUAUGUGCCUCUGUGGCUUGGAUGUGAAGCUGGAUUUUAUGUAGAUGCAGGACCUCCAACUCAUGCAUUCAGCCCAUGUGGACACGUGUGCUCAGAAAAAACAACUGCAUAUUGGUCCCAAAUUCCUCUUCCUCAUGGUACUCACACUUUUCAUGCAGCCUGUCCGUUCUGUGCACAUCAGCUGGCUGGCGAACAGGGUUACAUCAGACUUAUUUUCCAAGGACCUCUUGACUAAUACACGUGUCACUA